CCACACUUGCUCGUACAUAUUCCCUUGACCAGUACCAGCUCCACCUGCAACAAAUCUGUUCUUCCUGGAAUUCUCACCCAUCAACAAGCCCAGGCAAUCACAGCCACCUGCUCUUGUUGCAAAGGGUGUGCGGCCUGAACAGCAUCCAUUGUCACAGGCCUUCAAGGAAUCUCAUCCACCUCAAUCGCCGCCUGCAAAGCUCGGCUAGUCACAGACAAACAACCAUGCUCCCUCACAGAUAGCCUCAACUCUCACACCAUCAAGGCGGAGCAUGAACGGAGAGUCACACGAACACCGCGAACAGCGGAUUCAAGAAUUAUGGCGAACUCUCGACACCCGUAGCGAAGGUCAACUUGACUUGGGGGCUCUGAAGAAAGGCCUGCGCAAAAUCGAUCAUCCUCUCAAAAACGCCGAUGAUCUCCUUCACGAUGUCCUCAAAGCCGUCGAUACUUCGGGUGACGGAAGAAUACAGUACAAUGAGUUCAGGGUGUUUGUUGAUCAUGCCGAAAGAGAGUUGUGGCAGCUCUUCAACAGCAUUGACAAGGACAAUAGCGGCGCGUUGGAUAAGGGAGAACUUCGUGCUGCGUUCAGCAGGUCCGGAGUGACGAUCAGUUCUGCCAAGUUGGAUCAAUUCUUUGACGAGGUCGAUGUGAAUCAUGAUGGCGAGAUCAGUUUUGAAGAAUGGAGGGAUUUCCUACUCUUCUUACCGGCGGGCCAGUCUAAUCUUCGGGGGGUAUUGUCCUACUACUCAGCUACGGGCAAUGUCAAUCAAGAAGGGGAUGUCACCAUCAAUGAUACUCUUCAAGGGUUUGAUUUUCUCCCUCCGCUAGGCUAUUUCAUAGCUGGUGGGCUUGCAGGAAUGGUUUCGCGUACAGCGACUGCUCCACUCGACCGGCUGAAAGUCUACCUAAUUGCGCAGACAAAUCCGAAAGAAGCCACAAUCAAAGCUGCGAAGGAAGGUGCCCCCUUUCAAAUGAUCAGAAAUUUUGGCAGGCCCUUGGUUGAUGCAUGCAAAGAACUUUGGGCUGCUGGUGGUUUGCGUAGUCUGUUCGCUGGGAAUGGUUUGAACGUGGUCAAGGUUAUGCCUGAGUCGGCCAUCAAAUUUGGUGCAUAUGAGGCUGCUAAGAGAGCUUUUGCCAAAAUCGACGGGUCAGAUCCUAAGCAUCUGCAACCGACAUCCCAGUUUCUUGCCGGUGGUAUCGGCGGUGUGGUAUCUCAAUGCGUCGUUUACCCGUUAGAUACCCUCAAAUUUCGAAUGCAGUGCGAGACUGUCUCGGGAGGCUUGCAUGGGAACGCUCUGAUCAUUCAAACGGCCAAAAAGAUGUGGAAACAGGGGAAACUCAUGCCCUACUAUCGAGGCCUCGGGAUGGGCCUCGCUGGUAUGUUCCCCUACAGUGCUAUCGACCUGUUUAUUUUUGAGAACUGCAAGAACUUCGUUCUGGCUCGUAAAGCACGGCAAGCACGAUGUCACGAAGAAGAUGUCGACAUGAGCAAUAUCGUGACCGGUGUUAUCGGAGCUACAUCUGGCGCGAUAAGUGCCACAAUGGUGUACCCAAUCAACCUACUCCGAACAAGAUUGCAAGCUCAGGGGACGGUAUUACAUCCACCGACAUAUACCGGUAUUGUGGAUGUCACUAGGAAGACCAUCCAGGGCGAAGGAGUGAAAGGCCUGUUCAAGGGUGUGACGCCAAAUCUUCUGAAGGUUGCCCCGGCUGUUAGUAUCAGUUAUAUCGUUUAUGAAAACAGCAAGGCACUGUUGGGCCUGCGUUGAGAACAAGCAUAGCGUUUUAUGUGGACUGUGUAUACAUACGGAAUCGCCAAUAAAUGUAUCGAAAGAGCGGUCUCUUUUCAAUCCAGG